AUGAUGGAAUUGGAGCAAACGAGGCCGGAGAAUCCGGCCAUGACUUUCGAUGAGGUGUCCAUGGAGCGUAGCAUGAGCUUCAUCAAAGCCUUGCAGGAGCUGAAGAACUUAAGGCCUCAAUUAUAUUCUGCUGCCGAAUAUUGUGAGAAGUCUUAUCUUCAUAGCGAGCAGAAACAGACGGUACUGGACAACCUGAAAGAUUAUGCUGUGCGAGCCCUUGUUAAUGCCGUUGAUCACCUUGGUACUGUGGCUUACAAGUUAACUGACCUUCUUGAGCAACAAACAUUAGAAGUCUCAACCAUGGAGGUUAAGGUUUCUUGUCUGAAUCAGCAAUUUCUUACAUGCCAAACAUAUACGGAUAAGGAAGGUAUUCGACAGCAGCAGUUGUUGGCAUUCAUCCCAAGACAUCACAAGCACUACAUAUUACCAAACUCUGUCAAUAAGAAGGUACAUUUUAGUCCACAAAUACAGACUGAUCCAAGACAACAUCAUUUUCAAGCUAGAUCUCGUCUUCAGCCUUCGGGUUCCCCAGCAUCAAAAACUCUUUCCUGGCACUUAGCUUCCGAGACCAAGUCUAUGCUAAAAGGGACUCCACAUGCUAUGACGAGCAAUGAAGAUGCAAAAACUUCUGGAAAAUCUUCUUCUGUUUUUCAACUCUUGGAAGAGAGUGCAAAAACAAGAUCCUCAGGAGCUCCUGCUCAACUAUCAAGUGGAGGUCCUGCAGCUGGUGCAAUCAUGCAAACAUUUGGUGUCCCACGCAGGGAAUUGUUGGACGGUUCUAAACCUUUGACAGCAUUCAGGUCAUUUGACAAUCCAAGGCGUGAGAUUGUCCGUGCCCCUGUUCGCAGUAAAAGCAUGCUAUCAGCUUUCUUUGUAAAACAGAAAGCCCAGAAGUUGAAGGCUGGCUCUGUCUCUUGA